AUGAGCUCCUUCGCUCUCUGCUGCAGUGGUGAGGGCCGUACACAGUGCCUCACCUGUGAGGUCAAGUCUGGGCCACACGACGGGCCGCAGACCCCCAGGCUCUCUGUGACAGGGUUUCCAGUUCUGAAGUCUGUGACUCUCCCAGUCAGAGGCUGCCCGUCGGGCUGUCUCACCGCUCACCGGGGAAGUGAUGACGGCCAUGUGGAUUUUUCUCGGGCCCCGAUGACCUCACCAGGCAGGGAUCUGCCCAUGGUCUCAGUGUUGGCCUCUCGUUUCAGCUCCACGCUGGAGCCAGGAGGGCUGCCGGCAGCGAGGAAGAAGCUCGGCCAGGAGAUGCUGUGGCAGCUCAAACCCUCAGCAGCACCUGAGCGGGGAGCGGGCCGCCACUACCGGAGCGCAUCAGAGGUAGGCCAGAUUGCUAACAGUGGACGGAUCACCACACGCAGUGCCCCGGCUCUGGCUGAACCCACUCCAGACCCUCCUGCUCAGCCCUGCUCCUCUCUGGAGCUGAGGGUGCUGCUGGAAGGGGGAAGGGCACGCACUUAA